GAGGAGGAGGGUGAGAAAGAAAGAGGGAGGGAGGAGAGCCAGGCAGCGUUUGAGGCAAUGUAAUUGACAAGAAGGCUCGGAGUGGCGAAAUAAACACGCUCGGGAUUUGUGUGUUUUUUUUUUUUUUUAAUCCCACAACCCGAGCUCCUCUGCGGCUACACCUGACCCCACACUCCCUCCAACCGAUUCGAGUGAACCCGUGUGAAAUUAUGUCCCGUUCGGCGCACGUCCAGCCGGCAAGAUGAUGACGCUUUCACCGCGGAGAGGCUCGGAGCGUGCGCCCGACGCGGUGCUCCUGCUGUCGGUGUGGCUGCUGCUGCUCGCCGCGUCUCCGCGCGGGGCGGCUCUGGCCAAGGAUACAGCCUUUGUGGAGGUGGUGCUGUUCGAGUCCAGUCCCAAUGGAGAUUAUACGACGUACACGACUGGCUUGCAGGGACGCUUCUCCAAAGCUGGAGCCACGAUCAGCGCGGAGGGGGAGAUCGUACAAAUGCAUCCUUUGGGACUGUGCAAUAAUAAUGAUGAGGAGGACCUUUACGAGUAUGGCUGGGUCGGAGUGGUGAAGCUGGAGCAACCGGAGCUGGACCCGAGCUGUCUCACAGUCCUGGGAAAGGCAAAGAGAGCGGUGCAGCGGGGAGCCACGGCCGUCAUCUUUGAUGUAUCGGAGAAUCCGGAUGCCAUCGAUCAGCUCAAUCAAGUCGCCGAGGAUCCGCUGAAGCGGCCGGUGGUUUACGUGAAGGGCAACGACGCCGUCAAACUCAUGAACAUCGUGAACAAGCAGAAAGUGGCCCGCGCUCGGAUCCAGCACAGACCACCGAGGCAGCCCACAGAAUACUUCGACAUGGGCAUCUUUCUGGCUUUCUUUGUUGUCGUGUCGCUGGUGUGUCUAAUCCUGCUCAUCAAGAUCAAACUGAAGCAAAGGAGAAGCCAGAGCUCCAUGAACAGAAUGGCCAUCCAGGCGCUGGAGAAGAUGGAGACGAGGAAGUUCAAGGCUAAAGGGAAAGGGCAGAGCGAGAGCAGCUGUGGAGCGUCUGAUUCGCUGAGCAGCAGCUCCACCUCCGACUGCGCCAUUUGUCUGGAGAAGUACAUCGACGGGGAGGAGCUGCGGGUGAUCCCUUGUGCUCACAGAUUUCAUAAAAAGUGUGUGGACCCCUGGCUGCUGCAGCAUCACACCUGCCCCCACUGCAGACACAACAUCAUAGAGCAAAAGAAGGGGAAUCCAGGACCAGCGUGUAUAGACCCUGGUAGUGCGAUCCACGGCAGGCAGCGGGUGGUUCUCCCAGUCCAUUAUCCUGGCAGGGUGCACCGAGCUGGCCAGGUGACGGCCUACCCAACCAGAACCAGCAUGGACCCCCAUGGCAACCCCAUCACUGUUCUCACAGUGGACCAGCACCCAGAUCCUCAAGGUCUGUACCCACCCCAAUCAGCGUCUGCCUUUCUACGGAGCUACCACCCCACCCUCCAUCUGGAGCAUUCACUCAACCCCCACCACUGCAGACUGGAGCACCGUGGACCCCCUGCCUACCCCGCUCAGCCGCAUCACGCUGCUUUUAAACGACCCAAGUUCCAUGGACGCAGCUUCUCCCGGGCGGCUUGUUUUUCCCAGUACGAGACCAUGUACCAGCACUACUACUUCCAGGGCUUAUCUUUCCCUCAGCAGCCUGAAGGAGGCCAGGGGCCCACUGUGCCAGGGCAACUUGGCGGAGUGGGGGGGGUCCACAAGGGCCACCACAGCAGAGCAUUUCAGCAAGGACUCUUAUACCCCACGGUGGUGCACAUGGCACCUCCCUCCUCUUCCAGAAUAGGAGACAGCGGCAGCACUUCUGGCCUGAGCUGUUACCACGGUCACCGCUCGGUGUGCAGCGGUUACCUGGCUGACUGUCCCGGCAGUGACAGCAGCAGCAGCAGCUCCGGACAGUGUCACUGUUCCUCCAGCGACUCCAUGUUGGACUGUACUGAAGUCAGCAACCAGGGGGUGUACGGAAGCUGCUCCACUUUCCGCAGCUCGCUGAGCAGCGACUAUGACCCCUACGUGUACCGGAGUAAAAGCCCUUGUAGGGGCUCCACUGGGGAAGCGGGGACUGCAGCUUGCACGACAGUUCCUGCUGAGGACUCGGCAAUCCCCACGUCUUUGGGACACGACUGCCUCCAGCUGCCUUCAGGAGCAUCAGGAUACAGCUCGGGGGAACACCACUCCAACUGCAGUUUGGAGCCCAACUAUAGCAGUCGUUCAUCACUGGAACCCAGAGAGAACAGCAGCACUACCUCAGCUGGGGCUCCGGAGGCCGCUGCAGCCGACAGGGUGAAGGGAGUCCUAGAGGAGUCGGGGGAACUAGGGGCUGCGGCCUGUAGCUGCUGUUUCGAGGUUAUUCCUCCCAGUGCCGAGUGCAAAGGGCAGGACUUGGACCAAGCUGGGCCUGUAGCCUCAGGACGCUGUCAAAGGGGGGUAGACUUUCAGAGCGCCGCCUCCAAGAACUACUUUGUUCCGGAGCACCUGUGUCCUCCGUCAGAGCAGGUGAGCUAUGAAGGGCUGCCUUGCUGCUUCUACAAAGAGAUGAAGGUCCACAGGGCCACGCCGGGACAUUUCACCGAGGACUACGCUGUCAACGUACAGUAUGCACACGCAGACUCCGAGGCCUGCUCUGGACAGGGCUGCUGCGAACUUAACCACAGAAUACCCAUAAUUCCCGAGGACACAAGCUGUGAACUAGGCUCGGGGGCAGAGACCCAGAGCAGUUUAUUACCCGUCAGCAUCACGAUGGAGUCGGAGUUGCGGACAGGGGAGCAACACGAGCUUAAGGAGAGGUACUUCCCCUCGGGACAGCUGAGAGGUCAGGCGGAGGAGACCAGAGCUUUGUUCCACUCUCAGCUCCCUGCAAGCCCACCUGCACUGGGAACCAGUACUUCAAGAAACGAGGGAGAUCUGAGCUUAUGAGUCUAGAAGGAAGUGUGGUACGGUGUCAGCCGUUUGUUGAAACCCUGAGUUGCCUUGUUCUGACCGUGCUCCCUGAGCGCUGAAUGUUUUCAUCUUAGAUUGUGUGGUUUUCUACUGAAAGGGCCUGAUUUUUCUAGAUGAGCAGUUUCACAUUCAUUCCUGUGGCCACCAACAUCUCUAGAUACAAUAAAAUGGUUAGUCGUUACCGCAGCGGACGUUAAGCAGAGUCUAGCUGUCGUGGACGGGUUCGUAUUCUGAGCCCUGUUUUCAAAUUUAUAAAUAUUUUAGUGAAAGCC